AUGGCGCCCUCAAAUAAGCGAAAGCCCGCGGAAGACGACUUCAUCUACACAAUUGACGACGACGACGAGCUUCCCGUUGAGGAGGAGGAAGUCACUGCAGAGCCUCCCAAGAAGAAGGCCAAAACUGCGAAAAAGUCAAAGAAAUCGAAGCGCGCUGCCAGCCCCGAAAACGAGGAUGAGGAAAGCGAUGGCGCAGAAGGCAUCUGGGGAUUCAAAGAUGACGACGAUGGUGCUAUGGACUCCGAUUUCGAGUUCGGUGGUGAAGACAACAACGACCUAGGCACAGAAGAGUUCGAGGGUUGGGGUUUCGACGGCGCAAAGAAGGGAAUGAACGCCGACAAGAAGGGAGUGGAUCUUGAUGAAAUCAUCCGAAGACGCCGCGAAAAGAAGCUUGGAAAGUCUACCGAGGAUGCGCCUGAGGCUGAAGAGAACGAGGUCGAGGCCGAGGCUAUGGAAGUUGACCUGGACGAUGACGACGAUGAGGUCCUCGCUGACGACGCAUUCGGUAUGAACGUUGCUUCUGAUGCCGAGGAAUCUGGCGAUGAAAAGGACGAGGAUGAUGAGGAGGAGGAGGGAUCUGUUGCUGAGGGAGACGAGGACGACGAUGCUGCCUCAGACAACGACUCUGUUGCUACUCCCACCGGCCACCCUGAAGAUGAUGGUUCCGACGACAGCGACGACGAGGAAGAUGCAGAGGAGGAAGCCAAGCGCAAGGCUUUCUUCGCUCCUGAAGACGAGAACACAUCCGAUAAGAAGACAUCUGCUUCUUCUUUCCAGUCAAUGUCCUUGUCCCGCCCAAUUCAGCGUGGUCUUGCUUCAGUCGGCUUCAACAAGCCCACGCCCAUUCAGGCCAAGGCUAUCCCUAUUGCGCUGAUGGGUAAGGAUGUCGUCGGUGGUGCUCAGACAGGUAGUGGUAAGACAGGUGCUUUCAUCCUGCCUAUCCUGGAACGUCUUCUUUACCGACCCAAGAAGAUUCCUACCACUCGUGUUGUCGUCCUUCUUCCUACUCGUGAAUUGGCUAUUCAGUGUCACGCUGUCGCGACAAAGCUCGCUGCGUUCACCGAUAUCAAGUUCACUCUUGCCGUUGGUGGUCUCAGUCUCAAGGCCCAGGAACUUGAGUUGAAGCUGCGACCCGAUGUCAUCAUUGCGACACCCGGUCGUUUCAUUGAUCAUAUGCGCAACUCUGCCAGCUUCAACGUUGACACUGUUGAGAUUAUGGUCCUUGAUGAAGCCGAUCGUAUGCUCGAGGACGGUUUCGCCGACGAACUUAACGAAAUUCUUACAACACUCCCCAAAUCACGACAAACCAUGCUUUUCUCCGCUACCAUGACAUCCAGUGUCGACCGUCUUAUCAAGGUCGGUCUUAACAGACCUGCUCGAGUGAUGGUGGAUUCUCAGAAAAAGACUGUCACUACUCUGGUCCAAGAGUUUGUCCGUCUACGACCCGGCCGAGAGGAGAAGCGCAUGGGUUACCUGGCAUAUGUUUGCAAGAACCUUUACAAGGAGCGAGUUAUUAUCUUUUUCCGUCAAAAGAAGGAGGCUCACAGAGCCCGAAUCAUCUUUGGCCUGCUUGGUCUAUCAUGUGCUGAGCUCCACGGUAGCAUGAACCAAACAGAGCGUAUUGCAAGUGUUGAGAACUUCCGUGACGGCAAGGUUUCAUAUCUCCUAGCUACUGAUCUUGCCUCUCGUGGUCUUGAUAUCAAGGGUGUAGACGUUGUCAUCAACUAUGAGGCUCCUCAAUCACACGAUAUUUACGUUCACAGAGUCGGUCGAACAGCCCGUGCUGGUCGCAAGGGUAUUGCUCUGACAAUAGCUUCUGAAAAGGACCGUAAGGUCGUUAAGGCUGCUGUCAAGGCAGGCAAGGCUCAAGGUUCCAAGAUUGUCAGUCGACAACUUGAUGCCGAUGAUGUUGACGCUCUUCAAGCUCAGAUCGACGAGAUGGAUGACGAAAUUGAGGAGAUUAUGCAGGAGGAGAAGGAGGAGAAGCAGCUCGCCCAUGUCGACAUGCAAAUCAAGAAGGGUGAGAACUUGAUUCACCACGAAGCCGAGAUCAAGGGACGACCUAAGCGAACAUGGUUCGAGUCCGAGCACGACAAGAAGAAGUCCAAGCAAGCUGGCCGCGAUGAGCUCAACGGUUUGAGGGAGACCAUGAAGAUGAAGACAGGCAAGCUUAGCAACAAGGACAAGAAACGACUAGACGCAAAGCAGAUGCGUUCCGAGGGUGGCGGAGAGUGGAGGAAGGGCAAGACGUCAGAGGCUGAGAUGAAGGCCCGACACAAAGAUGCCAAGGCCAAGAACAAGUCCAGCAAGGGAGGUGAGAAGGACGAAGCUCCUAGUAAGCCCAGGGGCAAGGCCGGUGGUAGAGGUGGAAGGGGUGGCAGCCGAGGCAGAGGCGGCCGAGGUGGUAGAAGAUAA